AUGGUAUUUAGUCACGCGCCACCCUCUUUGAUCAAACCAAUCCUCCAUUUUACCUCCUCUUUUGCCUUAUCUUCUCGUGCUAUUCCACCACAUCCAGUCACUAAAAUUCUCCUUUCCCACUCUCGCCGGACCUCAUUACGUACUUACGCCGCCAUGCCUGAAACCUUCUCCGCCGCCGACUCUACGUCGGAUCAUGUCGCUGGUACGUGGUACUCGGUGCCGGACCUCCGCUUUCGGGACCACCGAUUCACCGUUCCUCUCGAUUAUUCCAACGAUCGCAAUGCUUCUCCGAAAAUAUCCGUUUUCGCUCGGGAAGUGGUUUCCGUUGGGAAAGAAGAACAACUACUGCCAUACCUAUUAUAUCUACAAGGAGGCCCGGGCUUUGAGUGUCCACGGCCAACAGAAGCAAGCGGAUGGAUACAUAAAGCAUGUGAAGAAUUUCGUGUUAUUUUGAUGGACCAGCGAGGAACAGGCUUAUCAACUCCUUUGACACCAUCAUCCAUGUCGCAAUUGGAUUCUGCCAAGGAUAUCGCUGAAUACUUGAAAUACUUUAGAGCUGACAAUAUAGUGAAUGAUGCAGAGUUUAUCCGAGUUCGUCUUGUACCUGAAGCUGGACCAUGGACAGUUUUGGGUCAGAGUUAUGGUGGUUUUUGUUCAGUAACCUAUCUGAGCUUUGCGCCACAAGGGCUAAAACAGGUCCUUCUAACUGGAGGAACCCCUCCAUUAGGAAAUGGAUGCACUGCAGAGUCUGUCUAUAGAGCAUGCUAUCCUCAGGUUAUUCACCAGAAUGAAAAGUACUACAAGAGGUUUCCUCAGGAUGUUGAAAUUGUUGGUGAAGUUGUGAAACAUUUGGCAGAAUCUGAAGGAGGCGGGGUGAUUCUUCCAUCUGGGGGGCUCUUAACUCCAAAAGGACUGCAAACUCUGGGUCUCUCUGGUUUAGGAUCCAGUUCAGGUUUCGAGCGUUUGCACUAUAUGUUUGAGAGGGUAUGGGAUCCUGCAAUAGUUCCAGGUUCUCGUAAGCAAAUCAGCUACCACUUCUUGAAUGCUUUUGAGAAUUGGUUGGAUUUUGAUACAAACCCACUCUAUGCUCUCAUGCACGAGUCCAUCUAUUGUCAGGGUGAUUCAUCACGGUGGGCUGCUCACAGAAUACGAACUGAGUAUGAUGGUAAAUUUGAUGCAAUCAGGGCUGUCAAAGAAGGUCGCCCUGUAUUUUUCACUGGAGAGAUGGUGUUCCCAUGGAUGUUCGAAGAAGUUCAUGCCUUGAGGAAACUUAAAGAUGCUGCUCAUUUAUUGGCUGAGAAGAAGGAUUGGCCACCCCUAUAUGACAUUGCAGUGCUGAAUAAUAACAAGGUACCUGUUGCAGCUGCUGUUUAUUAUGAAGAUAUGUAUGUUAAUUUCAAGUUGGCAACGGAGACAGCUUCUCAGAUAGCAGGAAUUAGGCUAUGGAUAACUAACGAAUACAUGCAUUCUGGUCUACGUGAUGGAGGGGGGCAGGUUCUUGAUCAUUUGUUGGGAAUGUUAAAUGGAAGAAAGCCGUUGUUCUGA